AUGUUUUCCAAAUCCAGAUCUUCAGCAGCCACGAGCCGCAAAGAUCCACCGCAUGAUAAAAAGAUGCCGGCGACAGUACCUAUGUCGAUAUCUUUCUCGUCACUUCCUGACGAUUUGCUCAUAAACUGCUUAGCCCGAGUCUCUAGACUGUACUAUCCAGCUCUCUCCUGUGUCUCCAAAAAUUUCCGAUCCAUCACUGCCUCACCGGAGAUUUACCAAACCCGGUCGAGCCUAAACCGUACCGAGAAGUGUAUCUAUCUUUACCUAAGCUUCUGUCGUGAUCCUGAAACAUAUUGGUUCACUAUGAGACGUCGACCUAGUCGAAACAUAGCUAACCAGUCAAGUGGCUAUUAUAUGGAGAUUGUCCCAUCUCCAAAAUAUUUGCAUCCUGCGCAGUCUUCGACACUCGUAGCGGUUGGAUCUGAUGUCUACAAGAUAGGCGGCGGUGAUCACUCCACAUGCAAACUCUCGAAGCGGAAGUGUUCUUAUAGUUUCUCUGUCCUUGAUUGUCGUACUCACACGUGGCGCCAGGCUCCUAGCAUGUGGAUGGAGCGGGACUCAUCCUCCACAGCGACAUUUUUUGAUGGGAAGAUAUAUGUAGCCGGAGGUUGUGAUAAACGGUACGCCGGUUACCCCGACCGGGUCGAAGCGUUUGAUUUAGAGAAACAAACUUGGGGCUUUGUGACAAACCCACGUGUUUUCGAUAGGUACCAUAAGUAUAAGCCAGCAAGAGAGUGUCAUUGUGUGAUAGACGAUGUAUUGUUCUUUUGGGAAUCAGGAGCGUUCAAAUGGUAUGACUCUAAAACACAUCUAUGUAAGGAAGUGAGUGAUGUUAAAGGAUUGCCUGAUCUUCACGACCCUAAAUUCUGUAAAAUGGCAAUGGUAGAUCUUGGUGGAAAGAUGGGGCUUUUGUGGAAUACUAAGACCAGUCAGGAAUGUAAGAUCUGGUGUGCUGAGAUUACGUUUGAAAGGCGGCAUGGAGAUGAGAUGUUGGGGAAGGUUGAGUGGUUUGAUUCUGUGCUUAGUACGCACGUGUCUUGUUCCUCGUUCUAUGCUGUUUCUGCUUCUGUUUGA